AUGACUAACCAAAAACCGAUUGAAAUCGUUACACUUGGACGUCCAUUUCGCUUGGGUAUGUUAUAUGAUAUUCGUAGUGACAUGCUAAUCACUGGAGCUACACUAUGGAAUAAGGAGACAUUAGAUAAGAAUACAGAUAAAAGUAAUCAACCAUAUACCGAUUAUGAAGUUAUAGCUACAGAUUCAUUACAAGAUAAAGCACAUGCAUUGGGAGUUGAAGGGAGUUUAAAAUUAAGUCUUCUGGGUGGUUUAGUUAACGUUUCUGGUUCUGCUAAAUAUGCUGAAGAUUCUCAAAAAACGAAUCACGUAACACGUCUUACACUAAAAUAUACAACAACAACGGAGUUUGAGCAAUUAACAAUGCAACAUCUUGGUAAAGGUAAUUUAAAUCACCCGGAUUUACAUGAUGCCGAUAUAGCAACUCAUGUGGUUACUGGUAUACUCUAUGGUGCUGAAGCAUUCUUUGUAUUCGAUCGUACAGUAUCGGAAGAAGAAAAUAAAACAGAAGUUGCAGGCACAUUACAGGCUAUGAUUAAGAAAAUACCAAAAUGUGAAAUAGAAGCGGAUGUUACGUUAGACUUAAAUGACAAUGAAAAGAAAUGUAUUAAUAAUUUAAAUUGUAAAUUUUAUGGUGACUUUCGAUUGAAAAAAAAUCCUAGUACAUUUGAAGACGCUAUUAAACUCUACAACGAAUUACCAGAACUCUUGGGUGAAGGUCAAAAAAAUGUGAUACCAAAAAAAGUUUGGCUUUAUCCAUUGCAUUUGUUAGAUAGCAAAGCUAUGAAAAUCGUUAGAGAUAUUUCAACGAGUACUAUCGAUUAUUCAAUAGGCUUUCUUGAAAAGCUUCAUUCGUUAGAAAUACGAGCAUCAGAUUUAACAAAAAGUACAGUUUUUACAUAUUUUAAUCAUAUGCGAAAACAUUUGUUAGAUUUUGUUGCUCGAUUAUCAGAAUUCGAACGUGAUUUAAAAAAGAAGAUGGUAAAUCUUUUGCCAAAAAUACGGGGUGCUGGUGCUGAAGAAUCAGAUCUACUUGGUUUAUUUAAAGAAGUUGAUUCGUCGCCAUUUAAUGAGCGAACACUAACAUCAUGGCUUGAAGAUAAAGAAAAAGAAGUUGCUCUCAUUAAAACUUUUACUGCAGCUUUAACGAAAGAUAAAAAUUUAUAUAUUACAGUUAAAUCAUCAUCACUUGACGACGUUAUUGGUGAUAUUGAUUAUGAUUAUAUUUUAUGUCUUUCAUUUUGUUUUAAUGUACAAAAUGAACCACAACUCACCAAUAUGCACAAUCAUCUUCAUAAAGAUAAAUUAAUGAGUCAACAAGAAUCUUCAGCAUGGUUCAAAGAUCAUAAUAUUUUAAGUAAAAUUCGUACUAAUUUAAGACAGUUUAUUGAAUUCGCUUCGGCCAAUAUCACUAACAAAAAUAUAAGAUUUGUUGUCAAUGAAGAGUAUUCACUUGACGGUGUCAAACGAGCUGAAGUUAUACUGUACGAUAAUGGAUCAAUAAAGAAAGGUUUUAUAAUGCCAAGUAAACCAGAUGCGCCAUAUGCAAAAACUGUAACUCACAAUAGUGUAACGCUUGAAUGGACAGAUGUGCAAAGUGGAUCGGAACAAGUUAAAAAAUAUAAAAUCAUGUAUCGGAAACAUAGUAGUGAUAAUCACGAAAAAUGGAAUGAAGUUUUGACAAAUAAUAACAGUAAAAUUAUGUGUAUAUCAAAUUUGCCAUCGAAAACGGCAUUUGUAUUCAAAGUACAAUCUAUAACUGGAAUAGGUCUUAGCCCAGUUACUGAUGUUAGUGAAUUGGUUGAAACCCUUGGGAUGAGUAAGUUGAACUUUUCUGACACACGAUUCUAA